AUGACACUGGGACUUCCCCAGCUGGUUUUGGGCUUUCUUUCAGGUCCAUCGAAGUCACUGCAGGAGUUGAUCAUCAAUAGCAAGGGAUAUGCUUUCAAGAUUUUCACGAUCUCACCUCGCUUCGGACUAUCUUACUGCAAGCCAUCCUCCGUUUCGAUUCAGACAAUGAGUAUCAAGGCAACGGCUGCUUGGAUGUCAGCCGAACCGGAAUCUCUCAGAUGUUGGCUCGAUGAUCUCAGCCGAUGCUUGCCUGCUCAAAGCUCCGAGGGAUUAUGCUUCAUUGAGCUUCAGCCUUUUCCUCGUCAGCUAGCCAGAGCAUCGGAAGGUUUCCUAAAGAGGACAAUGGGAGAUGAGUCGACGUACCCGCCGAAUAACCUCAAGGUCGGCAUGGGCCCAGAUCAUCGCGAAAUCCGAUGCCAUGUUCCUCAGCCUUCGUAUCCUGGACCCAUCGUCUCGGCGCGCGUGGCAAUUUUUGAGAUCUGCCAAGCCUGGUGCCAGAAAGCCGACUUGUCACUUUGAUUCUUGCAUCUCACACAAGCUUUCGCACUUUGGGAGUCCAUCACAGGAAUAUGUGGAUAUGGCGCGCAUCUGGCGGGCAGCGGUCUUCGACUCCCACCGGGAUACGGGUGAGACCUCCGGCACGUUCGUGGUCUAGCCUGUGCGCAACACCCAUACAAUGUCUCGCGCGGAGUCACGGCGAUGAUGACGUGAAGUUCUCCCUCGUGUUGUUAUUUAGGGCACUUGAGCAAGACAAGGCCUCCACGAGCUGAACGGUAGUGAUGGUUCCAGACCCAAAUAAGUU